CAUCACUAAUGUAAAUCAAGUCUGAAUGUUCACACAAACGCUUUGCAGAAGCAAUCUGAGUCUGGUCUCCCUAGUAUGUCAUUAAAACCACACUCAUCGUCUCAGCACUCAUGUGGGCGCUCCUUGCGAGUGUCGACCUCGCCGCUCCAAUGACACUAUCGAGACCCCUCACCCCACGGAAGUACACAUCGCCAAAUUGUUCUCCAACUCGAGCGCUCCAGCGGCUCUCACUCGGCCCCGAGGAGCUUCCCUUACGACAAUCCUCUGGACACCACCGAGGAGGAUGCACUCCGGUACGGCCACACGAUUAUCCCCAUCGAGCGCGACCUCUGUUACGAGCUUGUCGAGAGCGCCGGCAUCGACCGCGACCGCCAUCUGAACACCUCUGCUUCAGCCGACAGUUCACUCGCCCUGUGGCAAGAAAUGGGACGAGGGCUGAUAUCCGCCCACCUACCACUGCAACUGCUCGUCCGCAUAGGCAAGCGACAUGGGCCUCGUCCGAGAGAUGCCCCCUCUUUCAACUGAAAGUUUGGCCAGACAGAUCAAACCCUUUGCCCUAUGGCGGGAAUUUGGUGUGCUUGGUUCGGACACGAAAAGAGAAAGGCCAUGGAGAGGAAUCAGGCAAGAAGAGGACGGACGCUGAUGUAGCCAGUUUGGUUCACCCAACAUCGGUACUUAGGUAGUCGACACUAUCAGUCUCUCAAGGCAACCGCGUUACACAUCAGUGCUUUCCCAUUAUUGUGACAUUUCGCUUUUGUUUGAUAUACAGAUCGCGAGGCGGUGUAAUUUUAAGCAGAUCGCCACUGUACAUGUGAGAAGGCUCCUGAACUCUCAAUGAAUGGAAGGGUAUCUUGGGUGAGCUAACACCUCACCUAUGUACGUGACGACCCCCUUUCUGCUCGCAGAUGCAAUGCAGGCAUCUACCCGGGUCUACAACACGCACACGCUUUCCUCCACGCCCUCGUCCCGCAUGCCUUCUCUGGCCUGCACC